AUGACACGAAACAUCCUCGCCCAGCUUCUGUCCACCCUCCUCCUCCUCGCCUUCCUCUCCCCCCUCGCCUCCGCGCAGGCCCUCUCGAUCUACAAGGACUCCGACAAGUACAAGUACCAGGGCUGCUUCAACGAGACCAACGAGAUCGAGAACACGGGCAAGCUGCGCGCCCUGUCAGACGGCGCGAGCAAGGCCUUCAACGGCAACAUGACGGUGCCCAUGUGCCUGAGCUUCUGCAGCAGCGGGACAGACACUGACUACAAGUACGCCGGCGUCGAGUACUCCCGUGAGUGCUGGUGUUCCCAGAAGUUAUCCAGCCUCGCGACGAAGCUCGACGAUGCGGCGUGCGAUACCCCGUGCGACGGCAACAAGGAGGUGGCCUGCGGCGGCGCGUUGAAGCUGGGCGUGUACAUGGUCCAGAGCGGAGGCGCUCGCGUCACGGCUACGGCUUGGGCAGCUUCGGCCGUCGCAAUGUUGGCGCUUAUCUAUCUGUGA